AUGGCAAAAGCAGCAUCAAGGAGUGCCUCUUCUAUUAUUACAGCAUUCACAGAGCAAUAGUAAUGCUUAAUUAAAAGUUUAGUUAAGAAAUCUAGCUUUUGGAAGCAUAAAGAGAAUUCGAUGAAAUGACAAAAGAAAUAAUGAAAAGGAGAAAAAAGUUAAUGUAAUAGUUUGAAAAAGGAAAAAAGAAAGCACCAGAAAAAACAGACGCAUCAAAAGCAGAGAAAUUUAAGAAUAUGGUUAGUUAUAAUGAUUGAUAUUUAAAGGAUGAGCAUUCCAUUCCGUUAACAGAGUUAGAAAAAAGAUUGGAAACAUCAGUGAAAAAUGGGUUAAGCAAGAGCCAGAUUGAUAGUAAAUUGCAAUAAUAUGGGAAAAAUGUACUUUCUUCGAAAGAAAGGACUCCAUGGUAUGUGAAAUUACUGCAUGAAUUAACAAAUGUUUUUGCUUUGUUAAUUUGGGCAGGUGCUUUACUGUGUUUUAUAGCAUACGGUCUUGCCCCAGAAGACCCUUCGAAUGUAUUGGAAUUAAUUUAAUGUUAGCUUUACUUAGGAAUAGUUUUGAUUGUAGUAGUUGUUGUUACUGCUGUGAUCACGUUUUUGUAAAAUCAAAAAUCAGAAGCAAUAAUGGAAGCAUUUAAAAAUUUCAUACCUCCUGAGACUUUAGUGAUAAGGGAUGGUGAAUAAUAGAAGCUUUAGGCAACAGAAUUAGUUCCAGGAGAUGUUGUAAUAGUUGAAUUUGGUAAACGUAUUCCAGCAGAUAUCAGAGUAAUAGAGAGCAAUGAAAUGAAGGUUGAUAACUCUAGUUUGACUGGUGAAUCAAUGUUACUCUUAAGAACAACUGAAUGCACACAUCCUUAAAAUCCAUUAGAAACAAAAAAUUUAGCAUUUUUUGGAACAUUGUGCAAAGAGGUAAAUGUGAGAAUAAAUAUGUUAGGGCAAUGGAAAAGGAAUUGUUUUAUUUACAGGUGAUAAGACAGUCAUUGGAUAAAUAGCAGGAUUGGUAGAGAGUUCAGAAAGUGAUGAGACUCCUUUAAAGAAAGAAUUAAAUGCAUUCAUUACAUAUAUUGCAUAUAUAGCAAUAUCUAUAGGAGUAGUAUUCUUUGUACUUGGAUUUGCUGUGGGAUAUCGUAUUUAAAUAUUUAUAAUUCUUUAGCUGCUGUUACCAAUUUAAUAUUUGCAAUAGGUAUUAUAGUGGCAAAUGUACCUGAAGGUUUAUUAGCUACAGUGGUUGUUGCUUUAACAUUGACAGCUAAGAAAUUAGCAGGUUUGAAAGUCUUGGUGAAAAAUUUAGAAGGAGUUGAAACAUUGGGUUCAACAUCUUGUGUUUGUUCAGAUAAAACUGGAACAUUAACAUAAAAUAAGAUGACUGUAGAGAAUAUUUGGUAUAAUGGUAAGAAGAUGAGAGGUCAUAGCAGAGAAAAGAUGGGUCCAGAAUUUAAAUAUGAAUAUGAUCUAAAAGAUCCAGGAUUUCAACUUUUACAUGAAACAGCUAUUAUAUGUUCAGAAGCUGUAUUUGAUAGUAGUUUACCAUAAGAAUAAUAAAUUAAAAUAUAAAACUUAAUUGGAUUAUCUUAAGAAUAAAAAGAUGCUAAAUUAGAAGAUGCAAAAUCCAAAUGGAAAGCAGCUUAUGAUAAAUUACCCUGUUAAGAAAAACCUACUGUAGGAGAUGCUUCUGAAACAGCUCUCAUUAAAUUCUUUUAGCCAAUCAAAGAUAUUCUUUAAACAAGAGCUUCAAGAAAUGUAGCUAGAGAUGUGAAUAGCAAAUAAGCAAGAAAACCUUUUAAUUCAACUAAUAAAUAUGCUUUCAUAAUAGUUGAAUAUGAGACUGAUGAUUCACAUUAUUGUUUAUUAACAAAAGGAGCUCCAGAAAGAAUUUGGGGAUUAUGUGAUUAAAUAUAUAAUAGUGGAAAAGUGUAAUAGAAAGAUGAAAAUUGGGAAAAAAGCUUUGAAUAAGUGAAUGCUUAAUUUGGAAGAUAAGGUGAAAGAGUGUUAGGAUUUGCUAGAUUACAUUUACCUAAAUAACAAUAUCCCCUUGGAUACUAAUUUAACUUAGAUAAAAUGAAUUUCCCUUUUAGUAAAUAAGUAUUUGUUGGUUUGAUUUCUUUAAUUGAUCCACCAAAAGAUAAUGUUCCUCAUGCUGUAUAAAAAUGUAAAUCAGCUGGAAUAUAAGUAAUUAUGGUUACUGGAGAUUAACCAGUAACAGCAGCUGCAAUAGCAAGAUAAUGUAAUAUUAUAACAGAGAAAACAGUUAAUGAAAUUAUGGAAGAAAAGAAUAUUUCAUUUGAAGAAGCAUUCCAUUAAUCAAAUGCAUUAGUAAUUCAUGGAGAUAGAUUAACAAAGAUGGCAAUUGAUGAUGAAGGAUUACCAGAAGAUGAAAAAGGUAGAUAAUUAUAAGAAUGGCUUGGUAAACCUUAAUUAGUGUUUGCAAGAACAAGUCCUGCUUAAAAAUUAAUUAUUGUAGCUGGAUGUUAAAGAAGAGGUCAUAUUGUAGCAGUUACUGGAGAUGGAGUAAAUGAUAGUCCUGCAAUAAAAAAGGCAGAUAUUGGAAUUGCUAUGGGUAUUACAGGAUCUGAUGUGGCUAAAGAUGCUGCUGAUAUGAUUUUAUUAAAUGAUGAUUUCUCUAGUAUUGUUGUUGGAAUUGAAGAAGGAAGAAAGAUUUUUGAUAAUUUUAAAAAAUGCAUUGUUUACUGUCUAACUUCUAAUAUUGCAGAAUUAGUUCCAUUUUUAGGAUUCAUUAUUUUUAGAUUACCUUUACCUUUAACUACUGUCUUAGUUUUAUGUAUAGAAGUAGGAACUGAUGUCUUUCCAUCUAUGGUAUUUGUAUUUGAAGAUGCUGAUCUAGAUGUUAUGACUAGAAGACCGAGAACUAAAAAUGAACAUUUAGUUGGUGGACAAUUAUUAUGGUUUUCUUAUACCUAAAAUGGUAUAUUAGAAACAUUCUGUGGUUUCUUUUAAUGGUAUGUGACAUUCAAUGAUUUUGGUUUUACUCCUACUACUCUCUAUUUUAUCUCAAAUAAGUAAGGGGUCUUACCUAAAGCAAAUGAUAUCUAUGAUCCAAAUGAUCCAUGGUUUGGUAAUUCUAAUCUUAAAGAAAAUUAUAAAGAUGGAACUUGUACUGGAACUAAUUUAGAAGGAUAUGAAGAUAUUGAUUGGGUUUAUGCAAAUCAUGGCAAGUUUGAUCUCAGAAUGGCUUAUUUGAAAUGUGAAGAUGGUAAAAUUGUACCAAAUCUUGAAUUUGGAGAAUGUCAUGUUAAUUUAAUUUCUCCUGUCACUAAAAAACCAUAUUGUUACACCACAGAAGCAUCAAGCUAUGCAUAAACUUCAUUCUUCUUUGCAGUUGUUGCUGGUCAAAUGUGUAACUAUCAAGCACUAAGACAACUCAAAAGUGCUGGCUUCUUCAAUGGUAUAUUCUUAUAUUCAUUAUUUUAGGUUUCCAUAAUUAUUUCAUGUACCUUGCUUAUUUUGUAGAAUUCUUAUUGACUUGGAGUUUGUCAUAUCUAGAAGCUUUCAAUACAGUGUUUGGAACAAGAGACAUCAUAUUUAUACAUUAUGGCAUUUGCGCUUUACCUUAUGGAAUGGUGAUGAUUAUCUGGAAUGAAGGAAGAAAAUUUUGUGUAAUAUUUCAUUACUUAUAAUUUAGAUUCGACAUUUUAAAUCCAAAACUGCUUUGCCAAGCUGGUGGGAUAGGUGCGUAGUUUAUUGA